AUGUUAACGCCUGGUGCUGGUGAUCGACCAGAUGUGCCAAAUGCAGUCGUUGUUAUCACUGAUUCCACAGCCAACGAAAAUGUCGAAAGCACAAUAGCGUCUGCCAAAGCUCUACGAGAAUCUGGAACUACAUACGAGCAUCUUCCAUUGAAGCCACCAUUGACGAACGAAAGCAAGGUGACCAGUCAUGGGGAGGAGGAACGACCAGUUGGUCCAGUAGUGGCAGGCCUGGAUCUAAUCAGGGUUCUGGAUGGUCUUCUAGAAAUAGUGGUACACCAGGAUCAAGCUGGUCAUCACAGGGCCAAGGAUCAGGAACUAGUGGGCGUGGAACUGGAGGCCCUGGUUCUGACGACCGUAGAACAAGCUGGUCUUCAGGAGCAGGUGGUGCUGGUGGAAGUGGAUCUGGAACUGGUGGAAGUGGAUCUGGAACUGGAGGACGUAGAACAAGCUGGUCUUCAGGUGGUGCUGGUGGAAGUGGAUCUGGAACUGAUGGACGUGGAUCAAGCUGGUCUUCGGGUGGUGCUGGUGGAAGUGGACCCGGAACUGGUGGACGUGGAUCAAGCUGGUCUUCCGGUGGUGCAGGUGGAACUGGAGGCCCUGGUUCUGACGACCGUAGAACAAGCUGGUCUUCAGGUGCUGGUGGAUCUGGAACUGGUGGACGUGGAUCAAGCUGGUCUUCGACUGGUGGUGGUGCAGGUGGUGCUGGUGGAAGUGGAUCUGGAACUGGUGGACGUGGAUCUGGAACUGGUGGACGUGGAUCAAGCCGUGGUGCUGGUGCUGGUGGAAGUGGAACAGGCAGUGGCACAGGUGGAACUGGUGGACGUGGACCUGGAACUAGUGGACGCGGAACAAGCAGUGGUACACCUGUAUCACCGGGAUCUGUUGCAAGAGGAACCCCAGGAUCUACUGGACGCGGAACACCGGGAUCGACUGGACGGGGAACUUCAGAAACAGGAACUCCUAGUCGUGGGACUCCUGGAUCCGGUACACCAGGAUUUUCUAGACCUGGUGGAAGCGGACCAGGUGGGGCUGGACUACCUGCAACAGCAAGUCGCAAGGCCGAUAUCGCUAUCGUGUUUCAGUUGUCUAAGAAUGUAAAGAACCGUCCAUUCAGAGCUACAUUUCUAAAGUUCUUGGAUAACAUGUUAGACGAAGCUGAUAUUGAUAAUGGAGAUGUAAGAGUCGCUCUUGUUAAUUAUGGCACUAAAGGUACCCUCGUGUUUCCUUUAACCAAGUACAGUGAUAAAAAUAAAUUAUCUAAAGCCCUCAGCAAGACUAACCCUAAACUGAAAAA